AUGGAAGACAAGGAAUCUUUGAGGAAGCUGUUCCUGGAUUUGGGCUGUGAAAUCGAAAAUGAUGUCGUCUUCGAUAAAUGUUUUGAAUUCUGCAACAAUUACGAUGUGGACUUGGAUAAACUUACCGAAUUGUGGGUCACUUUUUGUGUCAAUAACGAUGCUGAUAUCCAGCCUACUAUCGACAAUCUGAUUAAGAUGGAGCAUAUGAUAUUGAAGAAGGAUUAUAAAUUGGAUCACACAUCACAUUAUAACAAAAACAUAGAUAACGAUGAUGUACUCAGCAUGUAUGGCUGCACUGAAAGUGGACGACCAUCUAAACGCGCACGAAGAAGUCCCGAGGUAGAAAUCGAUGCGGAUACACAAGUUGAUAAAAUAAAAGCUGCAGAAUAUUCGUUUUCACCAGCCACUUGCACCGAGAAAUCAAGCGUGUCAAGUCAGCAACAUCAAGUCCGUAACGUAACAGACAAAGAGAAGAUCUUACUUUCCGUCGGCGAAACCGUCUCGUCUUGGAAGAAAACAGAUUACGAGGUUCAAGUUACAAAGUCUGAUGAGCCGCAUAUCCCCAGCGACGCGAGGUACAUGUACGAGAUCCUGUCAAAACAAGGACACAUCCUUACAUCUGUGUGCCAGAAUUUGGGAAACAGAUUGUUCAAGACGUGGUUGACGACUACCAAUAACGGCAUCGAAUUACGUUACGUGAAGAAUGUACGGUGCGUGAGUCAAACGAACUUUCGGACGUUCGGUCGCAUCAACACGAACAAGGAUUCUACAAACACAGUGACACUAGAAGGUAGCACAAGGCGGAAAGGCAUCUCGGGGGCUAACACGAUCGAGUUGGAUUUUCGCAAUCUGAAACAAUACUCUGUAUUCUCUGGUCAGAUCGUUGCGGUUGAAGCCGUCAAUCCGGUAGGCGACACGUUAUAUGUAAAGGAAAUAUUCACAAAAUCGUAUGCUUCACCUGCGGUAACACCGAUGAUCGAAUCGAAGCUUAACAUUUUCAUCGCUGCUGGUUCAUUUACUCCAUCCAGCAACAUGCAUUACCAAGCGUUGUGGGAUUUGAUGGAAAAAGUUGCGUCAGAUGAACCAAAUGUCUUGAUAUUAAUUGGGCCUUUUCUCGAAUACACGCAUCCCGAAAUACAGGAUAAUAUCAUUAAAGACACGCAUCACGAACUGUUCGAGAAGAUUCUCAUAAAAAUAAUGGAGUCGACGCGGAGGAAUACGCAAGUCAUAUUGGUAGCUUCUAAUCGCGACGUACACCAAGAACCUAUAUUUCCAACCCCUCAUUAUACAAUUUUCAAUCGGAAAUUGUUACAAAAUUAUUCGAACUUAAGGCUGAUGCCAGAUCCUUGUAUAUUGGAUAUCGCGGGUUUGAAAAUUGGAAUCACAUCAGUUGACGUUAUCAAACAUAUUGGGAAAGAAGAAAUAUCUAAUGUAUCAGGUGAUAGACUCAGUCGUCUAGCUGAUCAUGUGCUUUCUCAAACGUGCUUCUAUCCCGUGUAUCCUCCGUUCGAGGACCUGAACGUGGACACGGAGUUAUGGGAGAAGUAUGCCUUUUUCGAUCAACAACCGCACUUGUUGGUUUUACCGUCCGAUAUGCGAUGUUACUGCAAAGUGAUUAACGAUUGUAUGAUCGUGAAUCCGGAGCGCAUGCACAAACACACUUAUGCCAGGUUGAGUGUGAAACCAGUCAUCGGCGGUAAAUGGAGUUCCAAUAAUAUCUCGUGCGAGAUCGCUAAAGUCUGAUUAAUUAAUUUUAAUUAAUAUUUUUAAAGUCUCGGACUUUUG